AUGCUUGUCAAGCAGAUUCAGGCUGCGCUGAUGGCAUUGACCGAUGCUGGCCUCUGCUCGAAAGCAACGUUGCAGCUGGACGAGGUGCUGGUCGAAGUUUGGGGAGAAGGUGGCAGUGAAGAGCUGGUCCUGCCAAUAUUGGUUGAAGGCGAUCCGUUCGUGGACGCGCAGUUGCUGCUGUCGGAGGAGCUUGCGCCACCGGUGCUGCCGGACCCAAUCCUGGCGGUGCUUGUCGCAUGGCUGGAGGAGGCGGAUGGACCAGGAUAUGCAUCCUUGCAGAACUACUAUGUGAACUCCCGCUGGCGUGGAAGAAGUGAGACCUCCAGCAUGGUGUAUGUCCCGAAGCAGCGCCUUUUUCAGCUCACUCUCCACAGGUAUGCUCAGGUCAUAUUCCGAACCAUACCCUCAGAAAAUGGGCAGGUGGAUCAGGCUUUGGCCACCCGCGACUUGUCCCCCGCGGAAAAGACGAUGUUCGGGCUUUCAUUGUGGAAUCUCUGGAUGAAGCUCCCCGAGGACUUUCGUGUGAUCUUUGCUGAUGGAGGCCAUGCUGAUGCGCAGGAUGCUGCCUUGGUGGUGGUGGCGGAUGAGAGGCACGAUGAUGGCCCAUUCAUUGACUACAUGUUUCGUGAGGUGGCUCGUCGGGGCUUGCUGCGCGAUGAGGAAUCGCUAGCGAACUUUGCCGCUGACCCACUGUCCUUUGUCCGGCGCAUCUUGGCCACCGACUAUGCAGCACAAACAACUGCAGAUCAGGCAUUGGUGCGCGAGCAGCUCAUCUGGAAGAUGACACACAUAUUAGCUACAGACCAGGAUUCAACAUCACGCAAUUGCUGGGAGGUGGUGCGGGAGGUGUACAGGAUCCUGCGCGCCGCAAGGUUGCUAAGAACUCGCGUGAGCCUGCACCUCCUCCAGAAGAACAUCCAGGAAACCAUAGACAGGAAAGAGGCAAGAAAGCAAGCCGAAUCAACGUCAAAUCGCCACAGUCGUUUGAAAGACUUCUGGCCACAGUUCCAUAACUCCUCUCGCCUCGGCACUCCACUAGAUGUGAAAAGCUUCACUUCAAGUGAUGUUGUUUUGCCGGCGCUGGUGCCAAGUCCCCUGAGCAAGGGCUCCAAAAGCCUGAAAGACCUAGAAUGGAAGACUCGAGGCGCUCGCAGCCAUUGCUCCGCAGGUUCAUGGAAUUGGUUGCCAGCUUUGAAGGAGCCACCCUUGACAGUCAAGGAUGCGAUUGCAAAGUCUGCUUCAACUUCCAGGAUCAACCAUCCAGACCCGAAGCUGGUGGUGGCAAAAGAUGCCUGCGGCUUGGGCAGCUAUGUCAGAGAUAAAAAGGAGAUCUUUCCCAAACUCAUUCCUGACAGCUCUGCAAUGGCGCCAACGACUUUGCUUCCAAGCAUCCAGGACAGCCCAAAAGAGUCUGCUCUUCUUUACAAAGGCAAGUUCCAGCGGCCUUGGGAGAUCGGUCAGCUUGCAAGCCAAUCACUUUCCACGAAACAGUACCUCAGCGCCUGCAACCGGGAAGGCCUCUUGCCCUCGACAGAUCCCUUCGUAACUGGACACUCUGACUGCAUCAAUGCCAAAGCCCAGGGCCUCUCCGAUCGCGACCUCCUGGCAAUCUGCGAGAUGCUGGAGAUGGGCUCUCCUGUGCGGGAGUUAGACUUGGAAGGCAAUGCUUCCAUUUCUGAGCGGGCUUUCCUGCAUCUCUUUGCUUACUUCGCAGAUUCGAAGGAGCCCAAGGAGCCGAAGGUCUCUGGCGGCCGCGGCCGCAAUCUGCAAAAGCUGAGCCUGGCGGGCUGUCCAAAUGUCGUUCAGGAUGAGGCUUUUGCUGGCCUGAUCCAACUGCUAGGUUCUAACAGUAUGCAGAACUUACAGAGUUUAAACCUAGCAGGCCUAGCGCUGGGCGUCAACUGGCAGGUUCCUUUGUGCAAGGCGAUUCGCAACCAUGGUUCCCUGAAAAUCCUGUCCUUGGCAGACACCGGGCUUGGAACCAGAUGUUCAGGAGACGAGGAUGACAACACUAUGGUGUGCUUGGUGGAACUCCUCAGUAGCAGGAGCAUACUGCACUUGGAUCUCAGCUGGAAUUGCUUUGGUGCUCUUGGCUUUGACUUUUUGGGACAAAAGCUGAUUGAGCUGGGAACGCUCGAGAAGCUGGAUUUGGCCCAUUGUUCCACAUUGUCCAAGAAGUCGCCAUGGAGCUCAUCCAUGGUGCACUUGCUCGAGCAUCUCGGUGAGAACACAUCCUUGCAGCUCUUGAACAUAUCAGGAAACUAUUUGGACUUUCGCGCAGGACUUCUGCUUGAGGACUCUCUCGAGUACAAUACAGUUUUGACGGAGAUGGACGUCUCGCAUAAUGGAUUGGGGAAUUUAGGCAUCCGAAGUUUGCUGCGAUUGCUUGCAAGGAAAACAUCUGGCCUGCAGUACUUCCAUUUUGAGAACUGCAGCAAGGGAACUGUUGUCGGAGCUCGCACGGAUAUGCAGAUCUUCCGCGCCUCUCGUCCACAUGGGCGGUACAAGCUUGAUUUGGCGCAGCCCUAUGACCGCACAUUACUGCGAAUGCUGUACAAAACAGCCGAGCGACUGAACGUCUCUUUGGACCAGACGUUCCGCGACAUGACAUCUUCGCCAGCGUACAGCCAUGCAUCAAAAAACUCGGCUGGAAUCUUUUCCAUACCGCAGUUUGGUAUGCUGGAGGUCACCUUUACAAUGGACAAGGUGCUAGAGGACAGAGCCAUGGCCAUGGGUAGCUCGGAUCCAUUGGACUUCAGUGCAGUGCUUAUGUGUCAUGCUAAUCUCCUGCGGAUUCUUCCUGGUCGUUCGAAGCAAGUUGCGCUACUGGCUCAGUGGCGACGCAUGGAAGGUCGUCGAGAAGAGCAAAGCAUCAUGAUCGAUGCUCUGUCCAAGGAUUUUCGUCUCAGUUUUGCCCAAAUGGCGGUGAUGUGCCAAGACCGUGCACAGAUUUGGGAUGUCAUGGCAAGCCUGCAGUGCACUCCAAUGGAAAGCCCACUGCAGGCAUUCUUGGGAAAGCGUCUUAUUCCCAACUCCUGUGACUACGUCAGAAUGCUUCAGCGGUCCGCACGUCAAUAUGCGAUCAAUGCUGACAAUCCGACUGGUCACUACUCGUUGGACAUGUCAAAUCCAAUCGAUUAUGGUGUUGCUGACAGCUUGGCAAUUCUGGAUAACUGGGAAGGGGCGCUACGAAGCCGAGAAGGCCGGAUGGACACUUCACAGCUGGGCAACAACUCUCAUGCGCGCAACGUCCAGCAUGCAAACUGCCCCCUUCCUUGCAGCCUGACGGAUUGGAUUCUCGCAGAAAGCGAUGUUCUUGUGCUAGACUACAGCAGUUCUCGGCGACCAAAAGGUGAAGCAAUAAAGGAUACGCAGUUUGAGAUGAUCAUGUCUGCCAUGCUUCAGUUUGCACGCUCCCCCGCUCGUUGCAGGCUGCAGGCGUUACUGCAGAUUUCCCACACAAUUCACGUGACAUGCCUGCAGCUGCGGCAAAUUGUGGACUUGUUCAAGGAGGAGACCUCCCGAUGCGAUGCAUUUACUUUGUUUUACAAUCGUAUGGUUGAUGUACAGAAUGAGAAAGUUGUGCGUAUGAGACUGGGUGAAGAUGCAUCCGCUUCCAUGCUGUGCCGGCUUGGCUAUACGGCAAGCUUUCCUUACUUACAACCAGAACAGAUACAUCUCCAUCUCAGUUUCAAGAACUUUGAUGAGCGGCUAUUGGUGAGCUCGCUUCUGAAGCUGUCUAGCAAAGAGAGUCCCUCAAAUAUCAAGGAUCCGUUGUUUACUUCCGGAGACGGUGUCGUGGACCCCCUGACGCUUGGAGUGCCCAAGUCUUGGGAGCAGAUGUCCAACGUGCCCAAACACGGAGUCUUCGAGACGGAGUAUGUGUGUAGAGCCGACCAGCGCAGUUUCAAAGUCAGAAAGGAUCUCACCGAACAGAUGGGAAGUUGGGAUUUGUCAGAAUUCGCAGAAGAAGACAUAUACUUCUACAACUUCACAAGCAAGCUGCCUUCUGACGUCCUGAUGCUUGCGACCUGGAUGAUAGCAACCUGCGGGGAGCAUUCCGCUGCCUUUGCCCAAAUGAGGCAAGACAAGGAUCCUGAAGCACAGAUGAGCAGCCGCGAGUUUGAAGAUGGAUGCAAGCGAUUGGGAUUUGCAAAGUUCAAGGGGCCCGGCGAGCAGCAGCGAUUCCAGAGUGUGUUUCGCUUCAUUGAUGUGCGUUCUGAAGGGAAGAUCUCAAUGAAAGACUGGGACAGCCUGCGGUAUGUGGAGCAGGACCUCGAGCUUUGCAUUCGAGAGACUGUGAUUUUCAGUCAGCGGCUUUUCGGCGAUCUGGCGAGUUCUUGGGCUGCCUUAAGCGACGGUGCUGCCAUGAUGACACAGGAGGAGUGGCAAGAAGCUUGGGAAACGCUGGGUUACUUCGGUCCAGUCACACAGGUGUUCACAUAUCUUGAUAAAGACGGCAUCGGCAGCUGCAGCAGCGCUGCCUUUCAGCAACUUGCAAAGUAUGUGGUACCCUCCCCUUCGAUGAAGGACCUGGAGCAAGCCUGA